AUGUUCUCGGAGCUCGUCAUGCUACACUUCCUGUUCUGCAGCACUGAUACUCUGAUGCUGAUCACCAUCAAACUGUCAGCAGCUGAGGUGCAGAGAGUGGGGGGGAUAUUUGAGUCCAUUGAAAGCGGCCCAUCAGGUGCGGAGGAACUCGCCUUUAAGUUUGCUUUAAACACAAUCAACAGAAACAGAACUCUGCUUCCAAACACCACACUCACCUAUGACAUCCAAAGGAUAAACAUCUAUGACAGUUUCGAAGCCUCCAGGAAAGCCUGUGACCAGCUUUCUCUUGGGGUAGCAGCGAUUUUCGGUCCCUCUCACAGUUCCUCUGCUAAUGCUGUCCAGUCUAUUUGUAAUGCCCUUGGGGUUCCACACAUCCAGACCAAAUGGAAGCAUCAGGUAUCAGACAACAGAGAUGUCUUCUACGUGAGCCUUUAUCCAGACUUCUCCUCCCUCAGCCGGGCUAUCCUGGACUUGGUCCACUUCUUCAAAUGGAAGACGGUGACGGUGGUUUAUGAUGACAGCACUGGUCUGAUUCGUUUGCAAGAGCUUAUAAAGGCGCCUUCACGAUACAACAUCCGGUUAAAGAUCCGGCAGUUGCCUGCAGAAACCAAGGAUGCAAAGCCACUCUUAAAGGAGAUGAAAAGGGGGAAGGAGUUUCAUAUUAUCUUUGACUGUGGCCAUGAAAUGGCUGCUGGGAUACUGAAGCAGGCUCUUGCCAUGGGGAUGAUGACAGAGUACUAUCACUAUAUAUUUACCACACUGGAUCUGUUUGCACUGGACGUGGAACCUUACCGAUACAGUGGUGUAAACAUGACGGGUUUCAGGAUACUCAACACCGAGAACAGCCAGGUGGCUUCUAUCAUUGAGAAGUGGUCCAUGGAGCGACUGCAGGCUCCACCGAAACCUGACUCUGGAUUACUGGACGGCUUCAUGACUACGGAUGCUGCACUGAUGUAUGAUGCUGUGCACGUGGUGGCCGUUGCUGUGCAGCAGUCUCAGCAGAUCACUGUCAGCUCAUUACAGUGCAACCGACACAAGCCAUGGCGUUUUGGAAACCGCUUCAUGGCCCUCAUCAAAGAGGCUCACUGGGAUGGCUUGACGGGGAGAAUCACUUUCAACCGGACCAAUGGCCUGAGAACAGACUUUGACCUUGAUGUAAUCAGUCUGAAGGAAGAGGGGCUUGAAAAGAUUGGUACCUGGGACCCUCCGAGUGGCCUAAACAUGACAGACAACCAGAAAGGGAAGACAACUAAUGUCUCUGACUCCUUGUCCAAUCGAUCCCUGGUAGUGUCUACUAUACUGGAAGAACCAUACGUAAUGUUCAAGAAGUCUGACAAACCGCUGUAUGGAAACGACCGCUUUGAGGGCUACUGCAUUGAUCUACUCAGAGAGCUGGCCAACAUCCUAGGCUUUACUUUCGAGGUCCGCCUGGUGGAAGAUGGAAAAUAUGGUGUCCAGGAUGAGAACACAGGCCAGUGGAAUGGCAUGGUCAAGGAGCUGAUGGACCAUAAAGCUGAUCUUGCAGUGGCUCCCCUCACCAUCACAUAUGUGCGCGAGAAGGUUAUCGACUUCUCCAAGCCCUUCAUGACGCUGGGUAUAAGUAUACUGUACCGCAAGCCCAACGGGACCAACCCUGGGGUCUUCUCCUUCCUCAACCCCCUCUCACCUGAUAUCUGGAUGUAUAUUCUGCUGGCUUACUUGGGUGUCAGUUGUGUGCUGUUUGUCAUAGCCAGGUUUAGUCCCUACGAGUGGUAUAACCCCCACCCUUGCAACCCUGACUCGGAUGUAGUGGAAAACAAUUUCACCCUGCUUAAUAGUUUCUGGUUCGGAGUUGGAGCUCUCAUGCAGCAAGGAUCUGAGCUCAUGCCGAAAGCCCUCUCCACCAGAAUUGUAGGAGGAAUCUGGUGGUUUUUCACACUCAUCAUUAUCUCCUCCUACACGGCAAACCUAGCAGCCUUCCUAACUGUGGAGCGGAUGGAGUCGCCUAUCGACUCUGCUGAUGAUCUGGCCAAGCAGACAAAGAUAGAAUAUGGAGUGGUAGAGGACGGCGCAACCAUGACCUUCUUCAAGAAAACCAAGAUCUCCACAUAUGAUAAAAUGUGGGAGUUUAUGAGCAGUCGGCGGCACACUGUGAUGGUGAACAAUGUUGAGGAAGGCAUUCACCGUGUGCUCACCUCGGACUACGCAUUCCUCAUGGAAUCCACCACCAUCGAAUUUGUCACGCAGCGCAACUGCAACCUCACACAGAUUGGAGGCCUCAUUGACUCAAAAGCCUAUGGGGUCGGGACCCCAAUGGGCUCUCCGUACAGAGAUAAGAUCACUAUUGCCAUUCUCCAGCUUCAGGAGGAAGGGAAGCUACACAUGAUGAAGGAGAAGUGGUGGAGAGGAAAUGGUUGUCCAGAGGAGGAAAGUAAGGAGGCCAGUGCCCUUGGGGUACAGAACAUCGGUGGGAUCUUCAUCAUCCUGGCAGCCGGACUUGUUCUUUCUGUCUUUGUGGCCAUGGGAGAGUUCCUCUACAAGUCCAAACAGAACGCACAACUUGAAAAGAGGUCUUUCUGCAGUGCCAUGGUGGAAGAACUGCGAGUCUCCCUCAAGUGCCAGCGCCGACUCAAACACAAGCCCCAGCGACCCAUAAUGGUGAAAACAGAAGAGGUUAUCAACAUGCACACCUUCAACGACCGAAGACUGCCAGGCAAAGAGACCAUGGCCUAAAAUGGGAAUCUCAGUCACUCUCUUACCGUUUUUCUGAAACUACUCUAUGAAGGUGGAGUAACUGGUUUCCAACAUCCCAUGCUCCCUUUGAUUCGACCAGCCUUUAAACCAUAG